AUGACAAACGAUUAUGGUAAAUUGCCUGUAAAUGACCUCGGGCUGAUAGCUGACCCCGUGGGAGCUAAGAUCAAUUCCAGGGAAGAUCAAGCUGCGGUCUUGGAAGAAAUGAGGAAAAAUUGCGAGGAACUGAUGAAAGCAGAAGAACAAGAACUAAAGAACAGAAAUAGCCCGAGAAAUCCUGGAGACGAAGCCAUAGCCAAUGACACUGACGUCCAUACGAAAACCUUGGAUUCGGCCGAGAACGAAAACGGGAUUGUUGGAAUGAGAGAAAACGGUCUAGGGGAGACUAAGGAAAAUGAAUCGAUGGGUGUCUUCUGUGCUACGACGUUUGACGAUGUAUACUGUUGGCCAAGAACUCCAGCAGAUACUGUGGUCACAAUUCCUUGCCCACAGUAUGUCCAAGGUUUCAAACACAUGAGUGAAGCUUCGAGAUACUGCACUCGAGAGGGGUCGUGGUUCAAGCUGGGAGGAAGCAACAAGUCGUGGACGAACUACAGCCAGUGUUCCCCUACCAUGGUCGUUGCGGAUCCGGUGAACGUCCUGUACACGCUGUCACACUGCACACAGCACGCUUAUUACGGCAAGGGAAUGCACCUGGCUUGCUCAGGGACGCCGCCUGAUGUCCCUUCUGUCUGUUUAAUCCUCUUUGGCAAAACCUCUGUGACUGCACUCGCCGCGGGGUAUAAAGAGCUUACCACACCUCAAGAACCUUUUGGGGCUCAACAAUUUAUGAGGUUUUCUGCACUUGGGCCUCGGGAUUUCACCAGACCGCGGCCAAUCUUCACGCAUGGUUUGCAACGAUCCUGCAAGAGAGAAGUUCAAUGGGCUCCGGUCGUCCGUACAAUGUCAUGCGUGGGUUACAGUGUCUCCCUCGCUACUCUUAUUGUUGCUUUCGGCGUCCUGGCGUGUGUCAAGAGACUGAGAUGCCCGAGGAACACGCUACACAUGCACCUCUUCUUCUCCUUCAUCUGCCGUGCCCUUGGAGCGUUGGCGAGAGACCAGUACGGCGCCGUAGGGAACCAGGAGCCUCUGCAGGACGGGGGGACGUGGGGUUGCCGACUCUUCACCUCGCUCUGGCAAUACUUCAUAUUAGCCAACUACGCCUGGAUUCUGAUGGAGGGACUGUAUCUUCACAACCUCAUCUUCCUGGCGCUUUUCACCGACAACUCCGCCAUCACGCUUUAUAUCGUCUUAGGCUGGGGCCUCCCCCUCCUGCUGGUGCUGGGCUGGGUGACGGCGAGACUCCUGGUGGAGAACACACUCUGUUGGCUGACGAACACGCAGCCCUGGGUGUUCUGGACAUUCAUCCGAGGCCCGAUCACGGUGUCCAUUGUGGUUAGCUUCACUUUGUUCCUCAACAUUGCCAGAGAGCUGUUGCUGAAGAUUCGUUCGUCCACGACACCUGAAAGCAGAAAGUACAGACGCUGGGCGAGAUCCACGCUGGUGUUGGUGCCCCUUUUCGGAGUGCACUAUGCGGCUCUCCUCGGCUUCACUUACUUCAUGGGCAAGAACCAUACGAUUGAACUCAUCUGGCUCUUCACCGAUCAGUUUUUCGCCUCUUUCCAGGGCUUUUUCGUGGCAACACUGUACUGCCUUCUGAACGCGGAGGUGAGGUCGGAGCUGAGAAAAAUUUGGCAUCACUGGCGAAUGAAACAAGAGGCGGAGAAGAGUAUGAUUUUCCAUUCAGCUUUUUCUCAGUCCAGGACGUAUUUUAGCCGGGGAACAGGUAUGCCGUGUCUCGCUAACGCCGCCCACAGAAAGAAGGAUGGAGGAAACCCGCCCACAGGCAGCCCCCCGGGACUCCUGACGAACGCCACGAAGGUCAACGGAGCCCCGGUGCAGCCUUCCUUCCUGGCGAGUCACAGGAACUCCAGCUGUGACGACCUGCCCGAUCAGUCCCUGACGAUGAGCCUGGCGGUGGUGGAGCUGCAGCAGCGGCGGCGUGACGACGACGACGACGAAGACGACGACGAGGAGCUGACGGAGGCCACGACCGCCGCCGAGACCAACUGGUACCCUGCCCCCGCGGAGCCCUCGGGCGACCUCGAGUGCGCGCUCAUCCUGCAGCCGCUCAGCCACAGCGCCCACGAGCCGCCAGCCGAGGCCGCCGCCGCCGCCGCCGCCGCCACCCUCGACGCCGCCGAGGACAUGGGCUCCGACUCGGGCCUCGGCGAGCUGCCGCCGCCCUCCUCCAUCCUGUACCACACCGCCGACUCCUGCGAGGGCUCGCCGCUGCUGGCCGCAGGGCCGCGCCUCGCCGAGAGCGCCUUCUGA